CUCCAAAAAAUUGGGACCGGCCCUCCUUUAGCUUACAUCAACAGUAAUGAAGAAGAUCAUGCGGGCACGCGUAUUCCAUUUCCCUCUCCUUCUGACCAUUUUCAUGAUCUUCCCUCAAGUACUCCUAGUACAAUCAGAGAACGAUGAUUUUUCUCGUCAACCUCCUCGGCCGAUCAUUCGAACCCAACAUGAUCGAUCGGACUCUGACCCUCAACAGGUGCAUAUAUCUCUGGUAGGGAGAGAUCACAUGAGAGUUACAUGGAUUACUGAUGACAAACAAGCACCUUCAAUUGUGGAAUAUGGAACGGAGAAAGGGAAAUAUGAUGCAAAGGCAAGGGGAGAACAUACAGAAUAUACUUACUUCAAGUAUAGUUCAGGUAAGAUCCACCACACUAAGAUUGGACCAUUGGAGCCCAGCACCACCUAUUUCUACAGAUGUGGAGGUUCAGGCCCCGAAUUCUCCUUCAAGACACCCCCUUCGACAUUUCCUAUUGAAUUUGCGGUGGUUGGCGACCUAGGACAGACGGAAUGGACUGCAUCAACCCUAGCACAUGUUGAUAGUGAAGACUACGACGUGUUUUUGUUACCUGGUGAUUUAUCAUACGCCAAUGGCCAGCAACCUCUGUGGGACUCUUUCGGCCGCCUAGUGGAGCCCUACGCGAGCCGCCGCCCAUGGAUGGUGACCGAAGGGAACCACGACAUCGAGAUCAUGAUACCCGACCAUCCCCAAGGCUUCACGGCCUACAAUAGCAGGUGGCUGAUGCCAUACGAAGAGAGUGGAUCCAAAUCGAACUUAUAUUACUCUUUUGAUGUUGCUGGGACUCACAUAAUAAUGUUGGGUUCUUACACGAAGUUUUAUGUGGAGUCGCCUCAGUACAAAUGGCUGGAGUCUGAUUUGGCUCAAGUCAAUAGGAAGAAGACCCCCUGGGUUCUUGUUCUGUUGCAUGCGCCUUGGUAUAAUACUAAUACAGCUCAUCAAGGCGAAGGAGAAAUCAUGAGACAAACAAUGGAGAAGCUGUUGUAUAAGGCACGGGUCGAUUUGGUUUUUGCUGGACAUGUUCAUGCAUAUGAACGUUUUACUAGGAUUUAUCGCAACAAGCAUAAUCCAUGCGGUCCAGUGUAUAUCACUAUUGGGGAUGGAGGAAAUCGCGAAGGACUUGCAUUAGAGUAUCUGGAACCUGCUUCUCCUCUUUCAUUGUACCGGGAGCCAAGCUUUGGUCAUGGACGCUUGAGGAUAUUGAACGAAACACAUGCAUAUUGGUCAUGGCACCGCAACAAUGAUGCAGACGCACUUGUUGCAGAUACAGUCUGGCUAGAAAGCUUAAGCACUUCUAAAACGUGCCAGAAUACCGUGGACGAGGAAGCGACAACAUCAUUUGUCAAUAAUGAACUCUAAGCCGACACAUACACGCAUAAAUGAAUAUAAUUGCUUAUCAUGUUGGAAGCCAUAUAUGUUGUGUAUUAUUUUCACUGAAGAUGUUUUACAAUUUUCAUUGCUGCAAUUUGUGGGUC